AUGAAUAAAAUCCCUGAAACCAAUCCUUCAAAUAUAAAUACUCAACCAAUUAUGACUCUUCGAAGGGGUAGAAGCAAAGGAAUAAUUAAUAUAACAAGCGAAACACCUACACCUACCAAAAUCAAAACACAAAUCAAUAAUUCCGACACUUCUAAUUCUGAUACUCAACCUACUAUAACCCUUCGAAGGGGCAGGAGCAAAGGACUGAUUAAUACAAGUGAAUCAUACACCAAAGUCAAUUCUAAAACAAAAAAUGAUACCUCUAAUGGAACGAAUUUAAAUACACCAAAUACUCAACCUACUAUAACCCUUCGAAGGGGCAGGAGUAAAGGAAAAAUUAAUAUAACAAGCGAAACACCAAAAAAUUUAAAUAGUACAAAUAAUCAACCUACUGUAACCCUUCGAAGGGGCCGGAGCAAAGGAAAUAUCAAUCCAACCAUAACUGAAGGUUCAUCUACUUCUUUAAGAAAAAGAAAGGCCGAAAAUGAACCACAACAACCAAAUCAAAAACGUGGCCGAGGAAGGCCACGAAAAAACACUGAACUUCAACCACAACAACCAACAUCACAGCAAAAACGAACCAAAUAUACUGGAAAUUCAUUGAUGGGAAGCUUUAUUGGCUCUCAAAGAUCCAUUUUUGAUGAGAAACCUACACGAGAUGGGGAAGAGAAUGAGAAGGAAAGUGGAGCAGAAGAAACCUCAUUCCAACAACAAGAAGUAUUAACUGGUGAAGAGAACGAAAUUACUCGACAUUCAGUUAAAGCUAAACUAUAUUGUAUGGUUGGGCAGAUGUGGAAAGAGAGAGGAGUUGGGACCCUAAAACUCAAUUACCCGAGAAAUUAUGAAAAUAAUCCUCGAUUAGUAAUGCGGGCAGAUAAUGUCUUAAGAGUGAUCUUAAACGUUGCAUUAUUUCCUGGAAUGCACGUUGAAAGAUCACAGGAAAAAUUCAUAAGAUUAGGUGUAUUCGAAGGAGGUUUACUCGUUCAUCUUGCUGUAAAGGUAUCGGAUUCCAAGACAGCAGAUAAAUUAUAUAGAGCAAUAUUGGCCGCAAUACCUCCAGCUCAAAAUCAAUCGCCCCCUCUUCCUGAAUUAACUUCGGAGAUGUCAUUCUGA